CCAAAGCAAGCGCUUUUGUAUAAAAAAAAAUGUCAACGUUUUGAAAGCCGGUGUGAAGGUGUUAUCCUGAGGUGUUUAUGAGUUUGUUUUGAAAUGCGCGAGUAAAUGUCAACAAUAUUAUGCUGUAGAUUACAAAAAGUACACAAAGUGUUUAUAAUCAUAACCACUUAGAUUACUUGUAAUAUUUUAUAAAUUAUAACUACUGCAAGAUGGGGCGUCGGUCAAUAAAUACCACUAAAAGUGGCAAAUACAUGAAUCCGACAGAUCAAGCAAGGAAGGAGGCGCGCAAGAAGGAGCUCAAGAAGAACAAGAAGCAGCGGCAGAUGGUGCGCGCGGCCGUGCUCAAGGGCAAGGACCCCCUGCAGCUCAUCGCGGAGAUGGAGAAGAUCGACCAGAUGGAGUACAACGUGCUACAGCCACCGCCGCUCAACGAGAAAGUACUCAAAGACAAGCGCAAGAAGCUCAAAGAGACGCUGGAACGUGUCAUGUGUAUGUAUGACAAGGACGACCCCGACAAGUGGGCCGAGCUGAAGCGCCUGGAGCUGGACUACGAGAAGCGGCGCACGGCGCUGGUGAGCUACGCAGAGUCGGUGCGCCACGCCCAGCAGGUGCAAGUGGACGACAUCCCGCUGCCCACGCUGCAGCUGCCCACGGACGCCAUGUCCUUCCUGAACCUGCCGUCGCAGAUCCCGCUGCCCGCGGACCUGCCCGUGCCGCUCAUCCCGCACCCCCUGCUGCCCCCGCCCAUCCUCAAGAAGACCUCGGCCUACGCGGCGCCCGCGCAGCCCAGGAGCUCCCCCGGGGUGCCGCCGGGGCCCCCGCCCGAGCUCAGCGACGCAGAGGACGAGCCCAUGGAGCAAGACGAGGGCCCCGCCGAGCCGGACGGCAAGCAGCGGCCGCGCACCAUCAGGUUCGAGGACGACGAGGAGGGAGCAGGGGAGGAGGACGAGGAGGAAGGGGCGGCGCCCACGCCCAAGCCCACCAGCCUGCAGCAGAAGAUGCUGGCGAUGGCGGGCCAGGACAUCGACCAGUUCAUGAAGGAGAUGGAGGAGGUGCAGCGCAAGCGGGAGCAGGAGCGCGCGGCCGACCUCAGUUCGCGACUCUCCCAGCUGGACGGGGGCAAGGAGGACAGCGACGAGGGCCUGCAGCCCCCGGGCACCGGCCCCACGGACCUGGCGCUGCCCCCGCCCGCCCCCAAGCAGGCCGCCGCGGAGGUGCCGCCCGCCCUGGUGUUCCGGCCGCCGCCCCCGCUGGGCGUGCGCCUGCCGCCGGGCCCGCCCCCGGGCCGCCCCACCCUGCCCCCUGGCCCGCCCCCCGGCCUGCCGCCCCGCCUGGCCAUCAGGCUGCCGCCCGGCCCGCCCCCAGGCAUGCCACCGCGCCUGCUGCGCCCGCUGGGGCCUCCGCCCCGCCUGCCGACCGGCCUGGCGCUCCCCGGGCUGCCCCCGCUGGCCCCCGCCCCCGCCGCCCCCAACGUGCUGUCGGCCGCGCCGCAGCUCAUCAGGCGGGGCGACGGCGCGCCAGACGCCCCCAAGAGCCAGGGGGCCACCAUCGAGGCCAAGCCGCAAAUCAGGAACCUGAGCGCGGACGUGACGCGCUUCCUGCCGACGGCGCUCCGGGUGAAGCGCGAGGACGGCAAGAGGAAGAAAGACUUGAAGAGCGCCGGCAUGCCAGACUCGAAGCUGGAGAACGCGACGAAAAGCGGACCGGCCGUCCAGCAGACCAAAGACGAUGCGUACAUGCAGUUCAUGCGGGAAAUGGAGGGAUUAUUGUAAACUGUGUAGUAGUGCGUCGCAAAUCAAAAAAAAAAAUCACCACUACAUGUUCAGUUUCACUCUUAUCGUUUGCGUCGCUUCAUCGAGUACAAAGUAUAGAGUCUCUCUCCACCCGAGUCUGAGACACUCCCCAGUGUACUGGACUUGUUACAUGAAGAUGUGUUCCUGCCGGUGGUAGCCCCUCCUGUACAGUUUUCUAUAUUCCUCUAUUUAUAAAAUAAUUAAAUAUUGGCUGUACCGAGGUUACCCUCCCAUGGCUCGCACAUUUGAUGCUGAUUUUUAGUUUGAAAAAAGGAAUGCUAGCUUCAUGUGAGUUUUUCACUUUUGGUUUAAAAAAAAUAUUAUUAUGUAUUGCACUGUGUGGUGUAAUAUGUACGUAAAUAACUAAAAUAUGUUGGUUUUUAUUAAAUUUAUCUCCAGGAGUAAGUGUAAUUUGACAAAUAAAUGAAAUAUCUCAGAAGUGGUGUGCAGCUCCGUGAGCAGCGCAGUUGUUUCACGCCCGCCCGGUCGACUCUCGAGAUGUGCAACUCUGCCCAAACAUUCCCACGCUUCCAAACUGCAGUCAUACAUGUCUCCAGCCCCGCGGUGACGUUCGUGCUAGAGUAGCCCGCCGCCUCUUCUCUGCCCGCAGCAAAGGGAUGGGUAGAAAAUACCAUGGACAGAAGGCUAAAAAAGGUAUAAAAGUCGCAGUCUUCUGCCUUGUUAGGAGUCGUGAGUAUGGGGCACGGGUGGAGGGGGGGGGAGGGGGAGUGGCAUGCUUCGCACCCGCGCCUCCCGUAGUAAAAAAAGGAAUACCCGAUUGUCAAUACCAUUGCUGUAUUUCUUACGUGCCAAUAAGCUGAGACAUGAAACACAGACUCUUCACUUGGGUCCAUGGAACUCUUACUGAAGACAGGUAUACAGUGCGAACCUUAUUCGAGGGCGACCCUUACGGUUGAAAAUGUUCAAUUUUGUUGUGACCAAAAUUAAAGGUGCGACCCAUUCGCAGGGGGCAACUCCACAGGUAAAUACGGCGUAUGUCAUUAGCAGGUACUGUGUUGCUUGCGAGGUUUCCAAUGAAUUCCAUAAGUGAUACUCUUGCAAUUAUUACAACUAUCAGGAUAAACUCAUGCAUUAAGAAGUAAUGUCGAAACUCAACCAGGCCCUCCCUGGUGUCUGGGCCGGGGGGGGGGGGGGGGGGUACCCCCUUACCCUUUUCCCUUGCAGAGCAAGGACCUUACAGGGUCAGAGAGACAUUAUAGCCAAAGACAAUUGCAUUUCUGCCACAGAAAACCAAUAUAAAUAUAAUAUUUUUUGAUGCAGCCACUAUGAACCUAGUUACUUUUUUUUUUGUGUAUUUUUACAAAAUGCUUGAGUUCCUGUCAUGGAUUAAAAAUCCCUUUGCAAAAUAGUCAGAAUCUGUUAUCUUGGGAGAGAUGUGUACGAAAUCUAAUUUUACAUUCAAUUAAAGUGUUCAGAGAAGUUUGUGUGCAAGUUUUAAACAUUUCCGAUGAAUGGAUGAUUACUAAAACAACUAAAAGAAAUAAAGCUUUUAAAUUUUUUUUCUAUAUAGGUUUGUAUUCAUUCGACUAAUACUAAUGUAAUCUUCACUAAAGUUGUGUGCAUCAAAUUGUAAAAACGUAAAGACAAAUACACAGUCAUAUAGACAGGUCUGGCAACUUCCUAUCCUGUGCCUUGGCCUGUCUCGUCGGUACAGUGAAGCUCUCGGUGGUCUGUGAAGAAGUUCAACCCAGCAUUAACUUUGUGCUAAAGUAUGAUAUUAAUCCUAAUUCUGUCAUUUCCCAGAUUACUAUCUUUUCAUUUGUUUGGGUUCUUGGUAAAUGCCUGAAAUGCCUUAAAAUUUUUCCAAAUUUGUUAGUCAAGUGGAAAUGUUUCAGGAAUAUGUUUAAAAAUAUUGUCAAGUCAGGGGCAUGGCUCUGUGGUUAAAUGCAUGGCUUGGCACUCUGCUAGCUCUGGUUCGAUACCCACUAGUACCGUUUGUUUUUACAUUUUUUUACUUCUCGAAAUAUUAAACUUUUAAUUACAGUAAUUAAAUACAUUUAAACAUGAUUUGUUUUAAAUGUUACAGUUUUAAAUUGUAUUUAUUGUAGAGCGUGGUUUGUGAUUUUAUUCAAAACCUCACACAAUGAUGUAAUUUUACUGUUUAAACAUGUUUAAUAUUGUGAGCAAUAAAAAAAAUAAAACAAAAUCCCUUUCGGCACAACCUACAGCCGUGGGUAGAUUUCUAAGCACCUUUUUAUUCUUGAGAUGUUUUGGGUAUUUCUUUAAAAUUCAGGAACAUUUUAAGAACGUAAUGUACAUAACAUAUUUAUGUUCUCCAGUACAUAUUACAAAAUGAUUGGUUAAACAUUUUUUAAUUUUCCCUGCAGCAAAAAUAUUAUGAAUGUUUUUAUCUCAAUGCAUCCAAAUUGAAUAGCUUAGAACGAAUUACAUAUUAUGCAACUAAGGUAAUAAUUCAAUUUUUUUGACCUUCCAAAACUAUUUUUCAUCCUUUGCACUAAUAAUGUGGUUGAAUAAAAAUUUGCUUUGCACCAAGGUUUAAAAUAAAUUCUAACGGAAUUGAUGCUAAGAAAGUAUUUUUUUAAAAUUAUAUUACUGUUUUUAUGGUAAUAAUUUGUUUCAUCAAUACUAAUUGUUUCAGCUAAAGUUUAGGAUUCAUACAUUAAAUUAUAACUGAUUUGACAGUAUACUUUCAAACCUUGUUAUUUAUACCCCUUGUGUAAUGGUUGGUUGGAUAUAAUUUAUAUUAACAAAAGUUUUAGACAAUAUUUAUAAAGUGAAACAAAAAUAUGAAUGGACUUGAUAGCAUACAUGGUAAGUUAGUGAAGUUUUGUUCAUUUUCUUACUCUAACGUCUAACCCUUUCAAUAAUAGUUUGUAUUAUGAAAAAAAAUUUCAGACACACGUUUUAGGUAAAAAUUAUAAGAUUUACAAACAAUUUGAAUGGUUUUAAUAUUGUAAUUACUAAUAUUCUUGGUCCUUCAACCCCUAUUAUUUCCCACCUUUUGCAGUAAUAGUCGGUCAUAUAAAAAAUUAUUUCAGACAAAAAUUUUAGAUAAUAUUUUAUGGUUCUACAAAUUCUAUAAUUAGAAUGGAUUUAAUAGUGUACAUUGUAUGGAAUUCAUGAUGAUUUUUUUUUUAGAAUUUUACCCCCUCUUUUUAAUCCAGUUUCUACAGUGAGUUCGUUUGAUAAAAAAUUGUGUUAGACAAAUGUUUUAGAUAAAAAUUAUACCAUUUACAAAUAAUAUGAACAGAUUUGAUAAUGUGCCUACGAAGGGAGGUAUGAAUUUUUUUGUCCUCCAACCCUCUUUUUUUCCACCCCUUGCAGUUAUGGGUGGUCAUAUUAAAAAUGUAUUUUAGGCAAAAGUUUUUGGAACUACCCUUACAGAUUAUAAUACGUUCAAACAGAUGUGAUAUUCAUCAUAUUAUGGGAGCUAUAGCAAUUUUUCUGUUUUCCAAAAAAAACCCUUCCCCAUUUCUACUCCUUUAGUCUGAUGUUGUCCAUUAACAAACUCGACCAAGAUUUCCCAUGAUUAUGUAUCAGUUUGGAAGUGAUUUGUGAAAUAUUACAGCAGUUAUCAUGUGUCUGUCCUAUCAAUUUGUUGACGAAGGCUAGAGAGCCUGUAAAUAAACAUUUACCGAUUAACACGUUACUCCGUGGAGUCACGUUAACGUGACCAUAACAAGUAUGUCGUGUUGAGCUUCGACUCUUGAAGUAACCGGCCUUAUAAUGAGCAACACAUGUAAGAGUGCCUGUGUUCAAUAAAGACAAUCUUAACAGUA